AUGAGACGGCCUCCUAGAAGUUUAGAGGAGUGGUUGUAUUAUAAACUGAUCAAUAGUGUUGAAUUUAACAGAUUCGUCACCAGAAUACAUCAUAAAAUUAACGGCAUCAAGGAUACACCACAAUUCAAUGCUAAGCCACAGAUCUCGCCAUUACUGUACAAACCUUCCAAAUUUCAAAAAAUUAAUGCAUUCAGAAUAUUGUUUUGGGAUGAAUUGAAAGGAACUCUUGGCUUCAAGAGAACUGCAAACAAAUUUUUCAAAGAUUAA